AUGUCAUCUAGCACACAGACACCCUCCACCAGUCCCCCGCCGCCGUUGUCCCCGUCCUCAGAGCCCUCUUCCUCGUCGCCCGCCGUCUCUGAGACACCAUCCUCGCCUUCGUCCUCGACGUCGUCCUCGCUGCCCUCCUCGCCGUCUUCAACGCCCUCCGACUCAGCAACGGCUACUUCAACGUCAUCUUCAACGUCCUCCUCAACGACCUCCAUCACGGCCUCACAACCAGAGUCCUCACUGGCUUCUUCAACGACCUCGACAUUCUCUCCGGCUUCAUCGCCGGCCUCAACGCCAACCCCGUCCCCUUCGCCGUCCCUCGUGUCCACCACGUCCACGUCCGAUCCCUCGUCGGACAUGUCCACAACGACUACAACAACGUCCCCGACCUCAGCACCUUCUCCCCCGCCGUCCUCGCCACCACCUUCGUCUCCUCCUUCCUCCCCGCCCCCGACUUCGCCCCCGACCUCUCCACCUCCUACAUCGCAGCCUCCAUCCUCAGAACCACCCGAGCCUCCAACUACCUCCCAGCCCCCGACAUCGGAGCCACCACCACCUUCCCCGCCUCCCUCCUCAGAUCCACCACCGCCAUCCUCUUUGCCUCCUCCCCCGCCAAGCUCUACAAUCAGCUCGACUUCUGACCCUCCACUAACGUCCCCUCCAACUACUCAAUCCUCAAAUAACGUCCUACCACCAUCGCUAACUUCCUCAAAUACUCCCCAACCACCUCCAAUAACAUUCUCAUCAACUGUGUUCAUAACAAGCACCAACGCAGAUGGCCAGACCUCAGUGAUCGCCCCUUCUCAAGUCACACAGAUCGUCACCAUCACAGACAGCGACGGCAUAACCCUCACGUCCACUACAAUCGGCCUCAACCCAACCCUAGGCACAGACAGUCGCAACCACGUCGGUUCAGCGUUCUUCUCGAACACUGGUGCGGUCGCAGGGGUGUUCGUCCUCGUUGGGCUGGCGGCAGCUUCCAUACUCCUUUUCGUCAUCUUCGCAGUGCGUCGCCGAAGACGCACGCAGCGCAUCGAACACGAUACGGCAGUCUCCGCAACUCUGGCCGCAGCCGGCUACGGCCGCUCCCCGAUAGUCGACGAUGACGACGAUGGCCCUCAUAAUAACAACGAGAAAACGUCGAAUUUGCCUCACAGCGCGAACUCGCGGUCCGGAUCGCAGCUGACGCACGGGAACAGAAACUCGACUAUGAAUUCGUUGACUAAUUCGGGCUUUUAUAGGGAUGACGGGGGUGGCGGGGGGUUGGAAGGUGGAGGAUCCUCUUCAGGGCAUGCUAUGCAUGGCCUGCCUAACGCGAUAACGACUGCUUUCGCUGUAGGCGGUGGGGCAGCAGCCAUAACGGGCGCCGGCUCAAGUUCAUCAAGCGGUGGUGGGCAGAGACAGUCCAGAAGUUCGACAGGAUAUUACGAUUCGCCCUCGUCUUUGGAAAAUGCAGGCUCUGCUCCCCCUCCGUCUGCUUAUCCGUUCCCUCCACCACCGCAGCCUUCACAUAAUCCCGAUCCGUUCAAUCCAUAUGCUGAGUACAAUCAUGCGUCGAAUACAUCCCUACCAGGUGGGGUUGAUCCAGCUAUAGCGGGUGUCUUUGCCCGAUCCGGCUCAGCAUCCCCGCCGCCUCCGCCAGCUGGAGCAGCCUACUUCUACUCUCCCCAUCCACACUCGCAAUCCCCUUCAACAACGUAUACGCAUCCGACAUCUCCGUCACCGUCAUUCCAACGAGAUGGGGACAAGCAACACCUCCAUACUUUGAGCGGGAGCUACGAACCGCUACUAGGAGAGUAUAACAGACAAAAUAGCGUCAGCGGAAGUCCCCCGGUGCCGCCACGGAAUCCUCUGCGAACGUCUCUUACGAAAAGGACGGAUUCGAGUCCACCUGUUGCGUUUCCUGUUUCUGCGAGUGCUGGGACAGGGACACAGCGCCAAAGUCGGUCAUCAACAUACUCUGUCUCGAGCGGCGAUGAUGGUGUGAAGACACACUUACUACCCUCUUUAAUGCGUGACGACGGCGGUCCUAGUACCGAAGUCGGCGGAGGAGCAGGAGUACGCCCAGUCGACCGACGAACAGACCCGAUCGUCAACAGCCCGAACGAAGUCCACGAGCCCUACCAAGACAACUACCACGACGACCACCAGCACCCAUACGACCCGUACUCAUACUUCCACGUCAACGAUAUGAACGACGAUGAUAGUAUCGGGACGGGGCUGAUUCGGGACGAGGAGGACGCGGGGCGGCCGGGGUUUAAACUGGGAGUGAGGAAUCCGGAUGUGAGUACCGGGGGGAGCGGGGAGGGGAGCAGGAUGGGGAGUAGGGAGGCGCUAUGA